AUGGCUGGCACUUCUUCAACAUCAGGACCACCAUUUUUCCCCUCUGCUUCCUCCAACAACAGCAGCAAUUCUUGCAGAAACAAUCUCUCAGAGCAGACGGCGUGGUUUCAAUCAGUGAAGCCUGAUGUUUUGCAGACUGUGGCCUAUGGGUUUGACCCUAGCGUGGUACAGCAACCACAACACAUCCCUCAUUGGAAAUUCGUCUCCGGGUGGGCAGCUUUGGAUGCUAGCGGGCCAGUGACUGUUUCUACAGCUGGUCCAUCUAAAGGACUAUCCGGUGGUGCAGGAGCAGCAAAGUCAAGUGGAACUACAGGGACACAAGAGUUGAGUACUACGGCGAAUUUGAAACGAGAUCAGAGUCAAAUACAGCAGACCCAGACAGCUGCAGCGCAAGAGGGAGGACCGUCAUCGGGUAGUGAUACGAAGAUGUUAAAGACGUCAGGACCCGUCGGAACAUCACUAGGACGACAAGCUGUUGGGCACCAACAACAAUUCAACAAUGUUGGAUUUGGAGGUCAACAAGAACAGCCAGUUGGCUUUGGUCAACAACCAUCAUCUUCUUCUUCUUCCUCUUUUAUCGCCCGAACUACUGCUCCACAAGCAGCGAUGGCGGGCCAACAGAAUCUAUCAAUGUCAAGUUUGCAACAACGACAACAGAAAAUGCCCAGCACCGGGCAACAACAGCCACCAGUCCCUGCACAGCCGCAGGUCGGGGCUACAACGGCGUCCGGCUUUCCAUCUUUCGGCGCUCCUCAGCCUCGUCAGGGAAGUACCCUCCAACAGCCACAGAACCGCAACAUCAAGCAACCGCGAAGAGAGGCUCAACAUCAAUCCUUCAACAACCACAUGAACAUGCCUUUUAACAAUACAGCAACUACAGUGAGCGAUCCCCCCGUUGUAUCGUCUUCAAGUUCAUCUUCGUUUCGACCUCCUAACACUAACAUGAUCAACGCAGGUUUUACUACUUCAAAUGCCGGUACGCUAAGCGGAGGUCCGAUAGCAGGUGGAGGUUUUGGCUUCGGUCAACCAUCAUCUUCGAGCUCGUUUCCUAAUUCAAACUUUCCACCUGUAGCUAGUGUUACGCGACUGCCUAAUGAAACAACUACUAACGUGAAGCCUGAAGCUAGUCUGACUGCUGCUUCACAAUCCCUACUUGCUCGCAUGCGAGCGCAACGGGCGAAAGUAAAAGACGACAUUAUUGUUUUGGACGACGAUUGAUUUCUUUAUCUUUUUCUGAGGUGGUUUAUUCAAUAAGACUUGCUCUUUCUGUUCCAAAAACCAUGCGCGUGGUGUAGUAGUCUACUCGUAUUUUACUGUCGACUCACAGUCAAAUGAAUUAGUAUGAAUAUUAACUCCAAACUGGCACUGACUGGAGGUUGGAAUCAACCAGCUUUGUCUAAAGAUUGUUUGUGGAGGAGAUGCUCUGUUUCGUCU